UCCCUGAUAUAUAAACGGAAACUGGCGAAUCCACGAAAUAGAGGAAAGCUGCAAGAGGUGAUGCUUGGACGAAUAAAUUAUCAAAUAACCUAACGAAAUAUCAAGGAGUUGCUUUUAGCUGCCUAAUUUUUAUAUAGCGUUAUCGACGGAAGACCCCAAAAUGUCUGCCCAAGCUCAAAUGAGAGCUCUGCUCGACCAGCUGAUGGGAACAGCGAGGGAUGGUUCAGUGUAUCUUUGCCAGCCUACAUCAAUCUGCAAAGGAGUUGCAGAAAAGCCUCAUGUUCAUCGAGCCGUGAGUCACACAUAAUUUUUAAAGCUGUUAUGAUGAAUAUCCAAACAAUUUGUUUGCCUUCCGGAAGUUAUUGUAGCCUUUUUUAAUCACACAAAUGGGUAAAUCUUCAGUGGCACUAGAUUUACAAUUUGGAGUAUUAUGCAGCCUGAGCUAAGACGUCUGGUCGCGCUGAAUCCAAACGAGAAGUUCUCAGUUUUCCAUUAGACGUCUGUUUUCAGAAGGCAAUUUUUAGCAAGCAGUCGAAACAAAAACUUUGCACACAUCAUUUACAAUCUGACUUGUGUAUGACUCCCAACUUCUUACUACAGGUAUGGGCAAGAAAACUGUUCCCAUUUAUACUUUUCUACAGCGGGUUUAAAAUUCUGCAGCUGAGGUCUUGAAGAUGCAGAAGGGUACAGUAUGUGGUGCAGAUCGCAGUGUGUAUAAACUAAAUUUUUUCCUUGGAUUUCUUUUGUAUUUUUUGUUUUCAAUGUUUUAUAUUUGUAAAGGGCUUGGCUGGAACAUUUGUCUGAAAUGUUUACAUUUCUUAUCACAGUCCUACUAGCAGGCUUUCCUGCAUAGUCAAAUUUCCAACUAAUCUGUUGACAUGUAAUGAAAACAUUACAAAAUCAAGGUAGUUCUAUCCGUAUUAAUUAAAUGAAACAACAGUUUUCCAUUUACCAGUAUUGUGCCCUUCCUAGCUUAAUCCUUCGAUGCUCCACGUUUACAAAGUGGAUGUUGAGCCUGAUCACAAGUUUAAUUCAGUUAAGGCUCCAGUAUUACUACAUUUUAUUGAGGUUAUGAGUAAGGUAAGCACCAAGAAUAACAGGAAGUACCACAUACAUGCAGAGCCAUGUGUAAGUUCUACAAAGUUGACACAUAACUAAACACAGUCUAGCAGACACACACAGUUUAUUACUGCUAAAUAUAAGUUUACAGUAAAGAAAUAUAUGGAAAAACUGUGAAAAUCAGAAAUAUAAGAAUUUGUUUUCACAUGGGCACAGAAUCCUUGAAUGCAGUUGUAGUGACACAUCUGCUGAAUUGUUUUAGUGCAGUUACAGUAAUGUAUAUAUUAAAGCAAUGGAUACCUCGCACCUGCUAUCAAGUAUGUGAGAUCUUUCUCACUGGUUGUUUUUUGGAUUGUUUCAGGGGAUGAGACGCGGCAGAGGGUCAAGUUCACUGACGAGCGAGUCUGCAAAAGUCAUCUUCUCAACUGCUGUCCACAUGACAUCCUGUCUGGAACUCGUAUGGACCUGGGAGAGUGCACGAAGAUCCAUGACCUGGCACUUCGGGCAGAUUAUGAAAUUGCCUCCAAGGAGAGAGAUCUGUUCUUUGAGCUUGAUGCGGUGGAUCACCUGGAGUCAUUCAUUGCCGACUGUGACCGGAGGACAGAAUUAGCCAAGAAGCGGCUGGCUGAGACCCAAGAGGAGAUCAGUGCUGAAGUGGCAGCAAAGGCAGAGAAGGUUCAUGAGCUGAAUGAGGAAAUAGGAAAGCUCCUUGCCAAGGCUGAGCAGCUCGGAGCUGAGGGAAACGUGGACGAGGCCCAGAAGGUCCUGCAGGAAGUGGAGAAGGUCCGCACCAGGAAGAAGGAUGCAGAGGAGGAGUACAGAAACUCGAUGCCGGCCUCCAGCUUCCAGCAGCAGAAGCUUCGGGUGUGUGAGGUAUGCUCUGCUUACCUGGGUCUCCACGACAAUGACCGUCGUUUGGCCGACCAUUUUGGUGGGAAGCUUCACCUGGGCUUCAUCCAGAUCAGAGAGAAACUGGACCAACUGAAGAAAACGGUGGUCGACAAGCAGGAGAAAAGGAACCAGGAGCGCUUAAAGAGACGAGAAGAGAGGGAGAAAGAGGAAAGGAUGAGGAGGAGGACCAGAUCACGCAGCAGAGAGCAUAGAAGGUCCCGUUCUCGUGACCGCAGAAGGAGGCGCUCACGCUCCUCAUCACGAGACAGGCGCCGCUCGCGCUCACGCUCCAGGGAGAGGAGGAGGAGGCAUCGCAGCCGAUCCCGCUCCCGCAGCCGAGGCCACCGUCACAGCCACGAGCAGAGCUCCAGACACAAGUCGUCCAGGGACCGAGAGCGCGCAUCCAGAGACAGGUCACGGGAGCGAGACAGGAGAGACGGCAUGAACGGCAGGUCGGACUCCCGCCGGGCAGACGACAGGGACAUGGGGGACCUCUGAAGACCAAACUCCAUCCACCACCGACACACAACCUCCUCCUGUCUCUCUCACCUGUCUGUCUGUUUAUAGUAACCUAAUGUUACACACAGUCCUCGCCUUGACCCCCUUCGUUCUCCCGCCUGCCUCCUUUCUUUGCUUUUACAGUUAAUGCAGCCGACCCAGAGUGUAAACAUACCUGAGAUAUUGUAUGGAGUCACUUAUCUAGCAUCCAGAUAUAUCCGAUUGCAUUUGGAUGGCAGGAUUAGUUAUUGAUCAGUAGUGGAGUGUAUUGUAAUACCCACAUCUGUCAUUUGGUGGCUGUCUGUCCAACACGCCCCAUGUCUUGUUAUGAACAACCCCACAAUGAUUUCAACAGAUGACGUAAACCUGAAUUGAUCUGCUGGACUAGAGAAUAAAAUGGAACAGAUCCAACUUCUUUUAUUAUGAAGGGAUGGUCUUUUGAUACAGAAUCUGUCUGUAAAUAUGUUUUGGGCCUACUACAACGUCCUAUCAAGAAGUUUGUGUUUUUUAAAUUUCCCACUGCUUGAGUUUUUGAACGUCUGUUCAGUUCAGUUCAAAACCUAAAAGUUGUUAGUAUUAGUAUCAAUCUUUCGUUUCUCAUCGUCCACUUUUUUUAGACUAAUCAAGUUUUAUUUUACGCCACCAGUAGCGAAGGGAAUGUUCAGCGGAGUCUGGCCAGUAUAAGUAAAUGUUUGUAUUGGUGGCAAGUCUCUUGUUUUAUAAUUUCUAGCUUGAUUUCUUUUAUUUAAAAUAAUGAGAAUAAAUGGUAAGUUCCAAGUUAGUGUCAGCAUGUGAAGCAGUAGGUUCAGAAAGUCUGCUUUGGGAAAUCAUUGCUAAACCUGAAUACACCUUUAUGUGUCGAGUCAAACUGAAAUUCUGGCCCAGUUUGGACAAAUUCCUUUGUGUAGAUUUAUACUUUAUUGCAAACAGAUUUUAAUGGAUGCAUUGCUUUACCUAAUGUGUGAAGUCAUAUCUGUUUAUGUUUUGCUGGAAAUCUUUCUUUAAAGUCUCAAUUAAAAAAAUCCCACCAUUUAA